GUUUAUACACUAGUUGGGUUGACUCGCGUCCAGUCAGACGUGUCAGGGCAGCCGCGGAAGUAUCGGCUUUCAGUUCAACAUGGCUUCAAGUGUGACGAGCUGAGAAAAAAAACCCAUCACAAAAACAGGGCCAUUCUUUUUUUCACCACUCCCAAGGCGUCAAACGAGGGAAAAGACCUGGGAAAUAUAUUCGAGAGCUACUUUUAUUCAAAAUUGUUCUGAUGAAAACUAACCCUUCCAUGGAAAGGCGAUGAAGGGAGGAUCACAGUUUUGGUGGAUCACAGUGCCUGUCAUUCGUUCUCAGUAAACUUUUUGGAGAAGUCAUGGUGGGAAGACUUUGACCGGAUCGCUUAGGUUUAUACAGUGUGGGCUUCGGCCGUCAUGUACGAGACUGCAGUCUGAUGCCAUCGCUCUCCAUUCCGCCUGCUAUGGACGGGCACAGCUUCUCACAUUCAGACAGACCUCAGCUGGAUGCCGGGGGGUUCGUCCUGCCCCCCCCUAUGAGCCACGUGUUUGCCAACAACCCUUGGAGCUUCCCCCAUCAGACCUACAGCUUACCCUGUCCUGUGCAAUCUGAAAACCAGCAGCACCUUUUAAACGGCCAAUCAGACAUGCACACGGAUUUGUUUCCCAAUGGCCCCAGUGACUUCGACUUCGACUUCCCCGGCUUGGAUCUCUCUCGGAAUGGAGACCUCUUUCAGGACCUAGAUGAUCUGCAAAUCUUCUCCCCUACGACCGACUCCUUAUCCGUCUACACCAAUUCUGACAUCAUCAGGACUGACAUGGCACCUAAUGUACCCACAAUAUGGGACAUCAAAACACCAGCAUCAGUCCAAGAGGUGAAUUCUAACAGGUUUCAAGGUUUAAACUCUUUGGAUGACAUCACUGCUAUAAUUAAUACACCACCCAUAGGAAGUUAUCAGAGACCCCAAACACAGCCAGAAGAGGAAGAGGAAGUCGAGGUGGAGGAGGCAGAAGAGCUGGGUCAUGUUGACACCUAUGCAGACUACAGGCCCUCUAAAUCCAAGAUAGGAAUAUCCCACCCAGAUCGAGUGGUCGAAACCAACACUUUAUCCAGCGUCCCUCCUCCAGAUAUCACCUACACCCUGUCCAUCCCAGAGACCACCAUAAAUGGCGGCCUGCUAUCUGCUUUGCAGCUGGAGGCCAUCAUCUAUGCCUGCCAGCAACAUGAAGUGAUUCUGCAGAACAACCAGCGGGCCGGAUUCCUCAUUGGGGACGGCGCUGGAGUGGGCAAAGGCCGCACAGUGGCUGGCAUCAUUUUAGAAAACUUUUUAAAGGGAAGGAAGAAAGCACUAUGGUUCAGCGUCUCAAAUGACCUGAAAUAUGACGCAGAGAGAGAUCUCCAAGACAUCAAUGCACCCAAUAUACAAGUGCAUGCCUUGAAUAAGAUAAAGUAUGGAGACACAGCUACCUCAGAAGGGGUCCUGUUUGCGACCUACUCAGCACUGAUUGGGGAGAGUCAGGCAGGCGGCCAACACCGUACGCGCCUGAAGCAGAUCCUAGACUGGUGUGAGCCGGGUUUUGAUGGAGUUAUUAUAUUUGAUGAAUGUCACAAAGCCAAAAAUGCAACGUCCACAAAGAUGGGCAAGGCCGUGCUGGAUCUCCAGAACAAGUUACCGUUGGCCAGAGUGGUGUACGCCAGUGCCACAGGUGCCUCAGAGCCAAAGAACAUGAUCUACAUGAGCCGUCUGGGAAUCUGGGGAGAGGGAACCCCCUUUAGAACCUUUGACGACUUCCUCCACACCAUUGAGAAGAGGGGUGUGGGGGCCAUGGAGAUCGUUGCAAUGGAUAUGAAGGUCAGCGGGAUGUACAUUGCACGCCAACUCAGCUUCUCAGGAGUCUCUUUCCGCAUAGAAGAGAUCAGCUUGGAUGAUGAUUUCAAACUUGUGUACAACAAAGCUGCUAAUCUUUGGGCGGAAGCUUUGGCCGUGUUCAUGCAGGCCGCUGACGAGCUCUGCAUGAGCUCCAGGAAGUCCCUGUGGGGUCAGUUUUGGUCAUCCCACCAGCGUUUCUUUAAAUACCUCUGCAUCGCCGCCAAGGUGCGCUGCCUGGUUGAACUGGCCAAAAAGGAGUUGGAAGCAGGGAAGUGUGUUGUGAUAGGGUUGCAGUCAACAGGUGAGGCUCGAACCAGAGAAGUCCUCGACGAAAACGACGGACGCUUGGACAGAUUUGUGUCUGCUGCCGAGGGUGUGUUUCAGUCUCUAGUCCUCAAACACUUUCCGUCAGAGAAGCAGAGGAGAGAAAAAGGAGCGGGGAACAAGAGGAAACGUAAGCCACGGGGCCGACAGCCAAAGCAACCCCGACAUGGCACUGAUGUAGCUGGAGUUAUCAACAUCAGCGAUGACAGCAGCACCGAGUCUGACGCCAUGGACAGCGAUUCCAACUCCUCACCUGACUCGGUCCAAGACAACAGUGAUGAUGUCAUCUUUGUCGAUCAAACUAGCUAUCAAAUGGCACGCUUAGAGGAGAUGAAACAAGGACUUCUCAACAAGAUCGCUGAGUUAGGAAAAGAACUACCUCUCAACACACUGGAUGAGCUCAUUGAUAAAUUUGGAGGUCCAGAAAAAGUAUCAGAGAUGACAGGACGUAAAGGCCGAGUGGUGCGUCGGCCUGACGGCACUGUCCAAUACGAGUCCCGCGCUGAGCAGGGCCACACCAUCGACCAAAUCAACAUCAAAGAGAAAGAUCGCUUCAUGAAUGGAGAGAAGCUGGUAGCCAUCAUAUCAGAAGCGGCCAGUUCAGGGAUCUCACUUCAGGCUGACAGAAGGGUGAAGAACCAGCGUCGAAGGGUUCACAUGACCCUGGAGCUGCCUUGGAGUGCAGACAGGGCCAUCCAGCAGUUUGGUCGCACUCAUCGUUCUAACCAGGUCACGGCUCCAGAGUAUAUCUUCCUUAUCUCUGAACUGGCAGGCGAGCGACGAUUUGCAUCCAUUGUGGCAAAGAGGCUGGAGAGCCUGGGAGCUCUUACUCAUGGUGACAGGAGGGCUACAGAGUCUAGAGACUUGAGCAAAUACAACUUUGAAAAUAAAUAUGGCACCAAAGCUCUAGAUAAGAUUACCAAAGCCAUCCUUGGUCAGAUCGAAAGCAAGGUACCCCCUCCAAAGGACUAUCCUGGUGGUGACUUCAUGUUCUUCAGAGAUAUGAAGCAUGGUAUGAAGGACGUAGGCAUGCUGUGCACUCAAUCACGCUUGGGCAUCAACACUGAAAAAGACUGCAAUAUCACCAAGUUCCUCAACCGGAUCCUAGGCCUGGAGGUGCACAAACAGAACUCCCUCUUCCAGUAUUUCACGGACAAUUUCGACUACUUGAUCGAAAAGGACAAGAAAGAGGGCAAAUAUGAUAUGGGAAUACUGGAUCUGGCUCCAGGCAAUGAUCAGAUCUACGAGGAGACACAGGAGAAGUUUCUGACUGCGGGAAACCCUCAAGAUGGUCAAGUUAUCAUGUAUAAGAUAAGUGUAGAUCGAGGUAUGCCAUGGUUGGAGGCUCUCCAGAAGGUCCAAACUCUCAGCAACCCAGAUGAAGGCUUCUACUUAUCCCAUAAAUUAAGAGGUAACUACCCAUGCGUGCUGCUAGCUGUGCAGGGCCGGGAGCACAACAUGAUCAUCUACAAACCAAACAUUGGCAAGCAGGCCCAAAUGGAAAGCCUUGAUAAACUCCAACAAAAAUACCACAAGGUCACACCAGAGGAGGCACAGGAUAGCUGGGAAAACCAGUUCACUUUCUCCUUCAAGAAAUGUAGCCAUGCUAACUGGAAUGGGAGAUGCAAGAAGAUAGAGGAGGGUCAGGAGUGCUUAAUGGGCACUCGGUUGCGUCAGUACCACAUGUUGUGCGGCGCUCUACUCCGUGUGUGGAAACGAGUAUCUGAUGUGGUUGCUGAUAUCACCAACUCCAGCAUUCUGCAAAUUGUCCGCCUCAAGACCAAAGACAGCAACAAACAAGUUGGUAUAAAAAUCCCAGAGACUUGCGUGUCAAAGGUGCGUCAGGAGUUGCUAAGGAUGGAUGCCGAGGUGAAGCAGCGACGCAGAGAGAAGGAGCAGCAAGCGCAAGAGCAGCGUCAGGCUGAGGAGCGUCAGAGGCUGAUGGUGCAGCAUCAGCAACAAGAGUUCUUGUCAAAUUUAUUCACCCAGUCUUUGCCAGCUCCCAGCCUGCCCAGCUUACCCACCCCUUACAUCUCCUUCUCCUCAUUUCCUUCCCUAAAAAACCCCUUGGAGGAAAUCCUGGAUCUGACAGUUCACAGUUCCUCUCCCUCCUCCCAAGUUAGCACUCAAACUGCCCUGGGUAUAGACAACCUCACCGGGCCACCCGAACCUUCGGUGGAUGACUUUAACCUUGAAGCCUUUAUUCAAGAGCAUCAGCAGCAACAACCACAGCAGGAGAGCCAGUCCACACAGGAAAGCAGUCCAGCACGGGACACCGACCUGCUAGACAUGUUACUGUCCUUGAACUCAUUUAUACCAACUUCUAGUCAAAAUGUCCCUGCCUCUUCCUCUUUAGAUGCACCUUUGUCAGUACCCAUGGUCUUGUCAAGUUCCUUCUCUUCUUCGUUGUCCCAAUUCACUCCAACGCUCACACCAUCCUCGACUUCUUCCUCGUCUUCUUCCUCUUUCUCUCUCCCCCCUACAGACCAGAACAUGCUCCCGUUACCGAACAGCCACUGCAGCUCUGAAGCCAUUAUAAAUGUACGGGAAGUUUUGAACAGCAUGCUGCAAAGUGGAACAGAACCACGCCAGUCCGUCAUUCAGUACCAACAACCCGAGUGAGAAGCUUCCAGUCGGAGUCUCUUGUAAAUGCACACCCUCAGGGCUGUAGUCUGACCACUGUCGGCACUCUGCUCCACCACUGGCCUUGGACCCACAAGCAUGAGAUUCUGCUUCACAAGAUGGAGGAAGUUUGAUGUUUGCUCUGUUCUCGAGUCAAGUAUGAUCCCUACACAGUUUUCCUUGAAACUGCAUGCCAGAACUUCAGGAGAGUUACUAAGGUGGUCAUCCCAGUUUCAACAUCCUGAAUUUUAUACACUGGGGGUUUAAAGAGUAUUGAUUUACCAAAAAUAGUUCAAGUCUGAAAAUUAUUUAAGGUUUGUAUAGGUUAUAUCACUCAGCUUAUUUUGGUUAAGUUCUUUAAGAUGUUGCUUUAGAUGGAGUAUGCAGGAAUGAAAAGAUACUUAAGGUACUGUUUUGAUUCAUCACUGGAGGAACCCUCUGGAGAACCUCCAGGCACAUUUGAAGGUGCCUCAGAUGAUCUUUUGAGUCCUCAAAGAUCUUCAAUAUAUAUUUUAAAUGCCUCAAAGAUGUUCUUUUAUAAAGGGGUCACUGGAGAAACUGUCUUCAGAGUUAUGAACUGUUUGUAUGUUCCUCAUGGGGCAUUCCUGACUCUCCAUUUAAGAGUGUGCCUAGAAGUUCUUCAAAGGGUUCUGCCAGGGUGCCGACCUGAAGAAACCCGAAUGGUGCCACAAGUAUCUUUUUUCCUCUAGUAUCAUUUUUGUGGCCAAACAUUCCGUGUGGGCCUAGCUAAAGUACAAACCUUACAUAUGCAAGACGUACCACAAAGUUCACUUUGACGAGGAGCUUAAGCUUUGUUUUGCGUUGGACAAUCAUCAGCUUUACAUUUCCAUGAUGAACUUCUGUUAGACAAAACACUUUUCCUGAGGAGCAAGAGAACAGGCUACUGUCAAAAUGUGCCUUUGGAACACACAGUGGAAUGUAGACGUAAACACAUACUCCUGUACCGUUCAUGUGCAGAUGUUUGUAAUGUAUUUAUUGCCUUUAUUUAUCAGGCCUUGAAACAGUGUGCUAGUAGGAGAGCGUAACUACCUACAGAUCCUGUGCAGCUGUCUCUCUGUUGUUCUAAAAUAGAACAGUCUGUCCUGCUGUCCCCCAUCUCGCAAUGUAAUGCAAAACGGUAAUAAUCUAUUAGCUGACUGAUUGGUUGAUCCCAGAAGGGCUUUAGUCAGACUUCAUCCCUGUAGUACAAUGUUUUUAUUGUGACCUUAAGAUACUUAAGCGUUUGAUGCAAUGUGAAAUGCAUCCAGGGUACAGUUAAGAAAGGGCAAUAAAAUGUUUAUCUAGUUGAAUUUAAGCCCUUUAUUUUAUAUGUUAAUUAAUAAAAAUAAAAAAAGUUAUGUUUUAAAUCUUUGUAACAUCUAUAAGAAUUACUUGAUUUAUUUUUUUAUUUAAUUUUAAAGGGAUAUGUUUUAUAUUAUUGUUUCUAUUUUAUGUUAACGAUACUAUGAUAUUUGUAAUUGUGCAGACAGAAGACAAUCUGGCUAGCAAACAAAAUGACAAACAAUUCAAAGCAAAAUUUUUGUGAAAGUUUUGCUCUGUUCUUUACUGCUGCACUGGAUGGUUGAAUAUUUUUCAGUUUAUCUUCAUUCUUUUUUACAAAUGAUACAUUCUUAAAUAUUUUCACUGCAACAUUGAAUUGAAACCCAAAUAUUAACUUCAAGAGUUCAUAGCUCUAUGGCGUUAAAACCACUCCCUAUCUCAGGAUGAAAUUUAUGAACAAUUAGUUAAAGAUGUUUAUAUAUAUAUACAUAUAUAUAUAUAUAUAUAUAUAUAUAUAAAAUAUCUUUAAAUCGGAAAAAAAAUGUAUCCGAAUGUCUGCGUAAAUAUAAGGUUCUUGUAUGUUAAAUCCUGUCAAUGACAGAUCAAAUAUUAUUUAUUUAUCCUUAAUUGCUUAUUCUCUGCACAGAUUUCUUAUUUUAUUCUUUUCAUUAAGGGAAAUUCUUUCAGCCACAUUUGCACUUGAAAAAUUUUGUGUGAAAUUAUUCAGUUUCUCUCUCAUGCAAAUAGUUGUUACACAUUCAGCUUGUAAUUCCCAUUAUAUUGAAUGAAAUUUAAGCAUUUGCUUAAUUGUUCCAUAAUAUUUAGUCCAUCUAAUAGUUUAAACCUUACAAGUGAUCCACUGUGUAUCCAGUAAGUCUGUUUUCUCAGUGCCUCCCCAAAAACAGCCAAUGAGAAAGACGAACACGGGACUUAAAUUUCUGUUAUGCAUUCUAACAAAGCAUCUUAUGCAACAAAAGCACUAUACGAAGUUUGUUUCUGUGUAUGAUUUGCACUAAAACAGCGUAAAUGAGUUUCUGUCUGGUGUGCGUGAUCUAGUGCUGCCAAGUUUGUUUGCUCAUGGCACUUCAUGGGAAUGUUCAAUACUGUAAACAUCUCGAUUCCUUGGCUUCGCUUUUAUAUCAAUAUGACAUUUACAUAAUUUAUUGCUAUGAAAAAAAACAUGCUACUGACUGUAUCUUGAACCGUUUUAUUCCUGUGUUCUUAUUGGUUAUGCUUUUGUCAUUUUCUAUAGGCCUAUUUAUAAUUUAGAUUCAAUUGUAUAUAUUGUAAAAACAAAAUGUGCCUUUUGACUGUUUCUUAAAGAAAUUGUUUUCUACAUGUAUCUAAAGAAAGGAAAAUAUUACAGUUCAAACUUUAUUAACAAAGCAAAAAAUAAAAUGUUCAGAUUCCUGA